AUGGGCAGGCAGUUGGAGUCUAUCUUGUUUGGCUCGACGGCGUUGGAUGUUUGGAUGGAGCGGUGGAAGAGCUCUACUUACUCCGUACUUGAGAGUACUCUAUCUCACUAUGGAGUCCUCCUCUAUCUCAGGAGACAGCAGAGACUCUUUGUGAUGGUAAAAUGCCGCAUCGCAGGUCUCUCUCCCUUGUAUAAAGACAGGACUGAAGCCUUCUUCUCCUUCUCUUCUUUUGGACUACUUGAAAACUUCUAA